CAACAUUUCAAGCAAAUUAACUAAAUCCUGUUUAAUUUCCCAAUGGCUUUCAACUGGGUUUUUAAUGUUGCACAUACAAUUGUUGUUGGAAACCCAGUUGAAGCCAACAAAUUACCACAGAACAAGAGCAUCACUGUUUCAAACGGAAAACAGGAACAAGAGAUAGAGAAGAGUGCUGUAAUGGGGUUCCAAAUGCCACUUCAUUAUCCAAGAUACACAAAAUCUGAUUACCAGAAUAUGGAGGAAUGGAAACUCGACGCACUUCUCAGAGAAUAUGGACUUGUUUUUCAGGGGACAGUUGACGACAAGAGGAAAUUUGCCAUGGGAGCAUUUCUGUGGCCUGAUCAACUUUAACUUAUAUACUUGUCCGAAUUGAGAGAGCUCAAGAAAACAAACGUACGUGCUAAUUAGAAUCUUCUGUGUUUUCCUCAUAAUAGCCGAAUACUCAAAUGUAUUUGAGAUUAAAGCAUAGUUGUUACUUACUAUAUUGUUCGGACGUCUGAAAUUGUUGCGUCCGAUCCGUGCCAUAUAUAGGUUUAUUCUGUUUUCGAAAAGCCUUGUUCAGAGGCGGGGCCAUGAUUUGAAGCUUAUGAAUUCAAGAUUUUAGUUCUUUUA